CAUUCUCGUACAAUCUCCAAUUAAUUAAUACAGACCCAAAACUAGUUCUUCUUUGGUUCUCAUCAUCUCAUUUCUGCCUCAACGCAUUCUUCAACAGUCAGUCAUUAGAAAAAUGGAAGCUCUUCAAUUCAGUUCUUAUGGUGGUGGUGUUGCCGGUUUAAAGCAUGUCAGAGUUCCAAUUCCAGAGCCCAAAAAAGAUGAAGUGCAGAUCAAAGUGGAAGCAACAAGUUUGAAUCCAUUCGAUUGGAAGAUCCAAGCCGGCACGCUUCGUCCCUUCCUUCCCAGCAAGUUCCCUUAUACCCCUUGUAAGUUACUCUUCCCCAUCUCUCUGCAAUUCAUUAAGAUUUCUAAAAAUUCCUAUCAAUGGGAUACUGAUCGUCGAAAAUGUGCAGGCACUGAUGUUGCAGGGGAGGUAACAAAAGUUGGUUCUUCUAAUUCUAAAGGCUUCAAGCCCGGCGACAAAGUUGUAGCCAUGAUCAGUCCCGCUGUAAGAUAAUUGUGAUUUUUUUCUUACAUUUUCUUUUGGUGGGCUAAAAUCAACCGGAUUCUCUGAUGUUUUUGUUUGUUGAUGGAAUUAAUGAAACAGAAUGGAGGUGGGCUGGCAGAGUACGCCGCCGUGAAGGCCAACUUGACAGUAAUCCGGCCAGAUACUGUAUCGGCAGCCGACGGAGCAUCAUUGGCAACCACCGCAAUGACGGCUUAUCAGGCCCUCAAGACGGUCGGCGGGCUAACCACUCGCCCAAUCCAAAACAUUCUGAUCACCGCCGCCUCCGGCGGGGUGGGAAUCAUGGCAGUUCAACUUGCAAAACUACUGGCUCCCAGCUCACACGUGACCGUAACUUGUGGUGCCCGGAACUUCGAAUUCAUGAGGAGUUUAGGAGCUGAUGAAGUUCUUGACUACAAAUCUCCAGAAGGGGCUUCUUUAAAGAGCCCGUCUGGGAAGAAAUACGACUUGGUGGUGGAUGCUGCUUCAGGGAUUUCGUGGUCUACUUUUGCGAGUAAUAUGAGUGCCAAGUCCAAAGUUGUGUACUUGACUCCUAAUGGGAGCUCCUUCUUGACUGUGGUUCUGAGGAAAAUCACCUUUUCCAGCAAGCAGGCAGCGAUAUUGUUUACAGCUCAGAACGAUAAGGAUUUGGAGUUUCUGGUUCGUUUGGUUGAGGAAGGGAAACUCAAGGUGAAGAUUGACUCCAAAUACCCUUUAACCAAGGCAGAAGAUGCUUGGGCUAAGUGUAUGGAUGGUCAUGCUACCGGAAAGAUCAUUGUUGAGCCUUGAAAAAUCACUGUUUGUUUUUUUUGCUGAGGAUUUGGUUGAAUUACAUAUGUGAAUUGGUGAUAUACUUGAAUACAGUAAAAAGUCUAUUGUUUGUGACUUGUGAGAGUUGAGAGCAAUUGAUGCUGCGGUAGAAUUAUUAUUCUUUUAGUCAAAGUUGGCGACUCCAAAUAGUGUGGCCUUGGGCUAACUAUGCCGGAUCUCUCAACUCUGUUUUGUUUUGAAUUUUGAUUCGUUUUAAGUAAACAUUUUCACUUUUGAUUAUCAAGUUGUAAUUUUAGUCCUCCCCACUAAUGUACACAAUUUGUCAAAGUAAACAGUAUCCCGUACGUUACAGUUAAUUUUAACCCCGUGUUCAAACUAAAUGUUCUACUAUUAGUGUGUUCAAAAGGAGAGCUUUACUCCAGUAACCAAAGGGACUCAAAAGGAGUUACGGAGUAUCUACAAAUAUUGCAGGAUUUUGGAGAGCAUCUAAUUUGGCGAGGUGAAUAACCUGUGUGUUCUGAGUCUAUUUGGGAGGCUUGAUUAGUUAUAUCAUAUGUGUUUAUACGAGGCAAAUUUGUGAUAGGUUAAUUGACAUUUUUAGUGACGAUUUGUCUUAAAUCUUCACAUGGUCUCCAUAUAUUCGAUCUUCCCUAUAUGUUAAAACCCCGUUGGUCGGAACAUAAUGUUAUUGAUAUAUUCGGACUCCGGUCCUCAGCUGCACAAGCAGUUGGUCCCAACUGCAGAACUUAAAAGCUCGCCAAGCCCUCACAGGAGCAACUGUUCUUACCAAAGUCAUGUCUUGGUGGUUCAGAUUGUAAAUUUAAAUUCAAAAACUCAGCCAUGUUUGGCUUGAACUGCUUAAAUUUCUGUGUAAAUUAAAUGAUUUAUAUUGUUACUUGGACUGGAUUUCAAUCUUCAUAUCCAUGUCCUUUCUGAUGAG